AUGUCCAAGGCGGCGAUGGACCUGUUGACGCUGCGCGAUCGGUGUAAACGCGACCCGGAGGGGUACGGGGAGGAGGCGGCGAUGCAGACGCGGCGGUACGAGGCCCUGCGCGCGCUCUUCGCGAUGAAACCGUCGAGGGAGCACGCCGAGUUCGGUGAGCUCGUGAGCUUCAUCUCGCACGUGAGUGGGGUGUAUCCAGAGCUCACGCGUGGGUUCGCGGAGGGGGUGGUGGAUCUGUUGGAGCGACACGCGGGAGGCUUGGACGCGUCGACGCGACGGGCGCUGGUGAGCGCGUUGAUUUUGAUGAGGAAUAAGGGCUCGAUCGGGGUCGAGGUGACGCUGCCGUUGUUCUUCAAGCUGUUUCGGGUGAAGGAUAAGUCGUUGCGGGUGAUGAUGUUCAAGCACAUCGUGAGCGACGCCAAGGCGGCGAAUAAGAAGAGGACGAAUGAUAAGUAUAAUCGAACGGUGCAGUCGUUUUUGUACGCCGCCAUCAAGGAUGAGAACGAGACGACGGCGAAGAAGGCGCUGGCGGUGCUGACGGACAUGUAUAGGAGGAAUAUUUGGACGGAUGCGAAAUCGGUGAAUCUCGUGGUGGAGGCGUGCAAGCAUCCGUCGCAGAAAAUUCUCGUCGCGGCGUUGAAAUUCUUCGAGGGUCAAGACGAAGCCGCCGAGGCCGCGGCGGCGGAGGGCGACGAGAGCGAUUCGGAGAGCGAUCCGGCGGCGCGUGAAAACGAUAUUAAGUGUCGUACCUCGGGUGGGGUGUCCAAGACGGACGUUUUCAAGGCUUACAAAACGGGCGUCGCGUCUUCAAAGAAGAAAAAGCAAAAGAAAUUGAAGCGAACGAUCAAGAGUAUGCAGCGAAAGGAGAGAAACGCUGAGAAUGCCGUGGACGCUAGGUUUGCCGCUCUUCAGCUCAUCAACGACCCGCAGGCGCUCGCGGAGCUCUUGUUUCACAAACUUCAAAUCGGGCACAUGUCGUACGACACAAAGAUGUUGUGCAUCAUGAUGAUGUGUCGCAUCAUCGGUAUGCAUCAGCUCAUCAUGCUGAACGUCUACCCGUUCUUGCAGCGAUACAUUCAACCGAGUCAGCUGGAGGUGACGCGACUUCUCGCCGCCGCCGCGACGGCGUGCCACGAGCUCGUGCCGCCAGACGCGCUGGAGCCGUUGUUGCGUCAACUCGUCAAUCAAUUCAUUCACGAUCGUGCUCGACCGGAAGUCGCGGCCGUCGGCUUGAACGCCGUGCGCGAAAUCUGCGCGCGAUGCCCGCUCGUCAUGAAUGAGGAUUUGCUCCAAGAUUUGGCGCAAUAUAAAAAGGCCAAGGAUAAGCCGGUUUCCAACGCUGCGAGAGGACUCAUCGCGUUGUUUCGAGAGCUCGCACCGGGUCUCCUCGAAAAGAAGGAUCGUGGCAAGGGCGUCGAUAUGUCGCGCACGCUCAAGGCGUACGGUGAGACCGAAGUUGUCGAUCGUAUCGAGGGUGUCGAUUUGCUCCAACGCGACUUGCUGAAACGCAAACGCGAAGAGGAGGAGGAGGCGUACUCGGAGGAUGACGACGAAGAGAACGACGAAGAGGACGAAGAAGAAGAAGAAGAAGAAGAAGAAGAAGAAGAAGAAGAAGAAGAAGAAGAAGAAGAAGAAGAAGAAGAAGAAGAAGAAGAUGAGUUUGAGACUGGGAAGCGCGAGAGGGAGGACAUUGAAAUCGAUCCCGACGCUCCGCCACCAAAGAUUCGUAAGAACGGAAAGCUCUCGCUCUCUGAACUCAAGAGACGUCACAAGGCUCUCGUGCAGAAGCGAAAAGAAGAGGAAGAAGAAGAGGCUCGCGCCGAGCGUGAGGAAGAGGAAGAAGAACUCGGAGGUCCCAUUGAGCAGGAGCGUAUUCUCACCUCGGAGGAUUUCAAGCGCAUCAAGGCGCUUCAAACCGAGAAACAGCUCGAUGCCGCGCUCAAGCGAGCGGGCGCGAACAAGUCGGCAACGGUGGCGAGUGAUAAUAUCAGGUUGAUGAUGCGCCGGGCCGAUCGCGCGACCGAUCGUCGCGUGAAUCCCGACGCGCUCGCCGCCACGGGCAUCAAGAGAGCGCACGACAAGGCGGCACGUCUCGCCACCGUCCUCGCCGGUCGCGAGGACAACGAAUACGGGUCGUCGACGGUGCGGAAGCAAAAGAAAACCGGUGGUUCGAGCAAUGCAGAGAAAUCAAAGAGGAAGAACCUUCCACUCGCGGCUCGCAUACACGCCGCGACGCGUAGACGCAACGCGCCGAAAAUCAACGGAAAGCAGCAGCGUGGGCGAAAGGUUUGGAAGAACAAGUAG